AUGGCAGCAGAACUGACCUCCACCAAGCUCAACCCAGAGAGUCACAUCAUACUGGACCAACCACUCCUUCGACUGCCACAUGAACUGGCCCGCAAGAACUUUAAAACCGUACAACGAGCUGUCGAGCGAGAGAAGGAAUAUGUCAUCCCUGCACUCAAAGAGACCGCCGCCGCAUCCAACACCCAAACGCCCGAACAGACUCUCGCUGCACUCGACGCAAUGAUAUCCAGAAUGCAAGGUCUCAAAAGGAAAAUGGAAAGCCUGCAGGAGGAGGAGAAGAAAAUCCACAACCAGUCCCACAAGCGUAUUCAGCAUUUGGAGACCUUGCACAAGAUCCCGAGCCUAGCCGAUGUCAAGUAUGACCAGUGGUCAAGGGUACGGCUGGAUCGUUUGCUUGUUGAUCACAUGUUGCGCUCGGGUUACUCGGAGAGUGGAAAACAGCUGGCACAGGAUAGGGGCGUGGAGGAUCUUGUCGAUCUGGGUGUAUUCACGCAGUGCCAACGGGUUGUGGAGAGCUUGCGGCGCGGGGAAACGAAGGAGGCAUUGCAGUGGUGCGGAGAGAAUAAGGCGGCGCUGAAGAAGAGUCAGCACAAUCUCGAAUUUGAACUCCGGUUGCAGCAAUAUAUCGAGAUGGUUAGGACACAAGACAAGUCUAAGAAGAUUGAGGCGAUAAUUCACGCAAAGAAAUACCUCAUACCGAACCAUCAAUCUCAGAAUUCGGAGAUUAUGCGCGCUGCGGGGUUACUGGUUUUCACGCAAGACACAAGAGCCGAGCCCUACAAAACUCUCUUUGCGCUUGACCGGUGGAACUACCUCUCCAAACUUUUCAUUCAGACUCACCACGAGCUGCUUUCAUUGCCAUCACAGCCAUUAUUACAUAUUGCACUUUCCGCAGGCCUUUCAGCUCUUAAAACACCUCUGUGCCAUUCGGCAUACACAUCUUCCAGCUCAAAUUCACAGUCAACGUCGACAUCUGUGUGUCCUAUCUGCUCAACCGAACUGAAUGAGCUUGCACGCAAAAUGCCAUAUGCUCACCACUCAAAGAGUUAUGUGGAAAGCGACCCAAUAGUUUUACCCAACGGCCGAGUCUACGGGAAGCAAAGGCUGAUGGAAAUCAGCCAGAAGAUGGGAUCAGUGGAAUCAGGAAACGUCAAAGACCCAACAACGGGAGAGGUUUUCCACGAGGACGAGAUGAAGAAAGUGUACAUUAUGUGA